CCACAGCGGGAGUUUGGGCAAAACAAAAAGCGCGAGCGGCCGGAUGCGUACGCAAUUGGGUGCAAAUUCUGAACAAACGUUUGGCUUGUGUUGUUUACGUGGGUGCAAUCAGUGUUUUUCCUGCUGUACCGAUGGAAAUUCGGUUCUGUUGGAGAUUUUUUUUAUUUCACUCUCUUGCGGGGUUUUAGUUUACUUCCAGCGGCUGUUAUUACCCAAAACAAGCGAGAAAAAAAACAUUGGUGGCAAACACUCUGCAUUCAGUUUAUGCUACGAGUCGUAAACAGAAGCGGUGUGCAAGCGGUUAAAAAUCGAUUGAUGGUGAAAGGAUAAGAACGGUUACGCUCUUUGGCUUUGGAAUUGAUGCGAUCGGACCUGGUCAGACAGUGCUGUGGGUAAUAUUGUUUUGGUUGUUGGACUUCAAGCUGUGCUUCAAUAUACUCUUAUGGAGUUGGUGAAACGUCCAUACGUUACGCUUGAAAGUCACACGUUGAUUUGAUACUAUCAAGAUGAUUUUGAGCAUUUCGCUUCCCACGACCUUGUCGUGUCUGUGAUCCGUGGGAGAUUUAAAUUACGACCAUUUUUACCAAACCAGGAUUUAUUACGCUAAUAACUCUUGUGAUGUCAUUUUCCACGCGUAAGGCGCGUAAGUGGGCCAACGGAAAGUGAUAGUUUUCAGACCGUUCCCGAUGGUUUGCUUACCUAUCGCUUACUAGCUCCUAUACCUCACCUCGUUGUGCUCCAGUGUUUCAACGCUGGACAACAGCCGAAAUAUGAGUGAAAAUUAGUUAAACCAACACUUGUCGUGCUGACACGUUUAGAAAAGUAGGCAGCAUCUCUCCAUAUACCUGGGCCAUGCUUGAAGCAUACAGCUGAUCUUCCAACGUUCGAGUGUGGGGCGUAAACCCCUCCCUAGGUUCGGGUUGACGACCGGUUUUAGAGACCUCCGUAGCAUAAUAGCACGCGACCACACCGUUGCAUAACUUUCUGCGAACCUCCGCUCGCGGUAAAGCUAUCUCAGCUUUAGAUAGUUAGUUGUUGCAAAAUGUGUUGCCGGACAGCCAUUAAAACUGUGGGCUGGAGGCUUUGCGCAACGCCAAGUCGGUAAGGGCUAAUCAAUCCCUUUCGGAACCGGUUUUUUUUUGUCGGAUUAGAACUGCAAACAGUAGAGUUUUCCUCUUCUGAUUUAAAACUGCAAACAUUUUAGGAUCCCUUUUCUUCUCCCUCUUUUCGAUCUUCUCAGCGUUCGUUUUGUUUGUGUUCAUACAGCUGUGUGAAGAUGAUGGGGUGUCGCAAUCGAAAAACACGUGCGUCAACAUGAGUUGUUGUUUUAUUCAAUUUUUGCGUCUCCAGAGCGCUCGUAGACGGCUGCGGUGUUUGUAUUUUGAUUUUUUUGUUUUUGCUACGAUACUUUUGGCAGGAAUUUGAAUAAACUGCCCAUUGCAUAUGCUUUAUUCAUCUGUCUGUCUGCUGGAGUGGACCGUCGGGCUCGAGUGAAUGGCGGCCAAGGAUCUUAUCCUAAAGUAAUGCGAAAUUUUUGGAUAAAUUCGCUUAACUUUUGCAUUGAUAAUGUAGCUGUAAGCAUUAUUUCUACUACAAACUUAUGCUUUAAAAACUUGACCCAAUUUAAACAAUUUACAUGAGAUGACCCUCAGUCUUAGCGAUCCAUAUCAGCACAUUUGGAGCAACAGUGGCAAAAUAAUCAUGGAUCCUCAAAUUUGAUUUUUGCUUGGGUUUUAUCCUUUAACGUCUACAGAAUGACAACAAUUUAUCACGAAGAAGAGAUAUUCGCCAACCCCAACAGUGUUGUAGGACUCCUAUAAUGUAGGAAAAACUUACGAAGAAACUUGGGGCUUAUUAUUCUGAAAGCAGAGGCUUUAUACAAACUGGCCGUGAAGAGGGCUGCUCGGUAGAAUAGGCGACAAGCCACUCAGACCAUUCCCCCGUAGUGAGGACCGACCAUCCAACUACGUGGUAUCAUUAAGUCUAGUAAGCCAGAAACUGCAGGCAUGAUCUUAAGGGGUCGUUAGGCCAAAGAAGAAGAGGAAGAAGAGACAACCUGAACCUGGACUUUUGGUCUUCACCGUUUAGACGAAUGCUCUGAAGAAUAUGUGAACCAAGAUAGUGUGUUAGCGUGGUCUAGGUCUGAUAAAUGGCUGUUGAAAAAAAUAGCUUUGCGUCAUCGAAUUACGUCGAUCACGAAGACUCCCAACUGAUCUCAGCAAUUGGCACUCUUCAUUGGCACUACAACCUCUUGAGGUCUCGGGCUACCAUUUCUGGCUUCCUAUGACUUGAUUUUACCCAACAAAUCAGUCCUGGGUACGGGAUCUCAACAAUAGCCAAUGGAAUGUUUUAGGGAAAUCUCUAUCGGAGGACCCUAUCUAAUCUAUCUGCUGACCAAGAUGGGAUGCUUGGAUGUCCAAGAUGGCACCAAGUAUCUGAUCGCUAGGACUAAAAGUGGUCUGAAAAAAAUAAUGAUGAUUUAUUUGCCAUGGCCACGGUCAAUGUCUGAGGUGAUCGGUAAUUGCCUCGGGAAGUCGAAGGGCUCUCGCAAUGGAGUGGCAGAGUCUGUUAGUUUGUUAACUGAUUAAAUUUAAAGUCUCAUCGCUACCCAAAGUUACAAAAAUGUUUAUACUUACAAAUGUACCUGAUCUGAACGUUUUAAACGAGAUUCGUAAAGGGGAAGGUCAAUCAAUAAAACCACCCAAGGGUUUCGAAUAGUAUUCAUGCCACUGUUGAACCUAAAUCAAACGUAAAUCAACAAACUACCCUUAUUGAGGAAGUGAAAAAUGCUUCCACUGAAGCAGUUUUGCCAAAGAGGUCUGAUUUGUUUGAUUACAAUUCCACCAGCAGACGUUCACGGGCGUAGCAUUCUCGCCAUGGCGCACAUGUGACGCGCAAUCACGCGUCGUUGGCUACUGUUGUUACCGGCGUCGAUCGUUCGUCAUCCCACGUGGGGAGGGCACAAUACUCAAAGAGUCGCCCCUUUUGUAUAAUGCCUCCCCCAAGACACCUUGGAGCUGUGUGGCUUUGUGACCUGAACUUGAUCGUACGGUUGUUUAGUUGCUAAAGGGUAGUUCGGAUUCGGUGUCUCGCGUACAUUUGAAUUUGUAAUUAUUUUUACACUGAUAAUACGAUUCGCGGCUAAGCUGAUGGUCGUCAUGGCUCAGGUGGUUAGGUUAGAACGAUUCAAAGGAAGUGAUUAGACCGAAGCAACCAGACAAUUACUUGUGCUUGGUGCGCGUUAAAAUUUGCCGUGACGUACCGGUAUAUCCGUUUGAACUUUGAAGAAACAAACAUGGCGGGCGCACUAACCAGCGACGACUAUGCUAAUUGAUCAUGACACGGAUAUGGUUUAUGAUGCUUUGCUUUACUGCCACAACUUUGCCAGCAACGGCAACGCCGUUCUGCCGCGUAAGCAGCCCUUGGUCGGGCAUCAGCUCAACAGGACACCCCCAUUUUGAUACCACUGAACCUACCACAAUGGAGCACGAUUUGGGCUUCGACAUGGCGGAAGCACUGGAGCGCGAAGGUCUUUCCCGGGAAGAUUUGAAAGCGCUGCGACAUCCUCCGAUCGAGGGCGUACCGGACACGAUUACCGACAAACAGUUGGCAUGCUUCCUGGACGCGUGUGACAAGAAUAUUGAUGAAACGCGCAAGGUGCUUAAAAUUUACUACGAAGCCCGUAAGAACGGGCCGGAACUGUUCAACAAUCGGGAUCCGCUUAGUGCGCCCAUCCAGCAAUGUCUUCAGAAUCAAGAUUACUUCCCGCUGCCAACGACACCAAACGGUUAUUCGGUAGUGUUUCAUCGUUUGAAAAAUUCCCGAUCUUCCAACUAUCACUUCGAUGAAGCGAUCAAGACGUACUUCAUGACGAUCGACUCCUGUCUCUACACGCAAGGACCACGGCCGGGGAUUAUCUUUCUGUUUGACAUGAAAAACGUUGGCCUGAUGCAUCUGACCCGUAUCAACAUGAGCUCGGUGCGGAAGUUUUUCAGCUACCUGCAGGAUGGUUUACCGGCCAAAUUGAAAGCGAUACACGUGAUGAACGUGGUUUCGUUCUUCGACAAAAUUCUGUACAUCAUUAAACCCUUCAUCAAUGCGGAGAUCCUGAACAUGCUCUACCUGCACUCAUCAAACGCCAACAUGGAAUCGUUCUACGAAGAGUGGAUACCGAAGAGCGGAUUACCGUCUGAUCUCGGGGGUGAUUUGAAGUCGAUCGAUGAGCUGCAUCAGGACCACUUGAAGGAGUUUGAAAGGCUGAGGCCCUACUACCUUGCCGAGGAGCGCCAACGUAACCCGGACGCGUCCCUCAUCGAAGGAUCGACCGAGAAAAUGUUGAAAUCCUUAUCGAUAGAUUAAGAUGGCCGUGCUCUUCCAACGCCUGAGCGCUUAAUGUUGUACACUUCGAUGUGAUAGCCUUAUAGUCUGCGCAAAUGGAUCAGCAUUACAUUGCCGAUUACAGCCAAACUGCUAUAAGAUAGAGAAAACCUUGGGAUACGGAUGUUCCACAAACUACUUGGUGUGCUUUUAUGUACUAUACAGAUAUAUUUGUUAAGGACCACUAUUAUACACAUUCAAUCACUGCUCCAUGUUAUUUAGGGUGAUCAAUAAAGCAUAUAUUUGUUAUAAAAACA